AUGGCUGCUGCCGAUACAAACCCAAGUCGUGCUGUCGGUGUUCUCGACUCCUGCCUGCGCGUGGAUUACAGUUGCUUUGCCUCAAUGUCUCAGGCGCUUUGGGCACCUAUGCAGCUCUUGUGUGCUUAUACUUGCGAGUUCACCGUUUCAAAGGCCUUCUUGCCGCUUGCAUGCUCGAAAUUUAUGUCAACUGCUGCGUGCCUACAGGCGUCCAUCUUUGUGCCUCUUCUGCCCGAUUUCUUUGCAUGCCUCCGCAGACCCCGCGCAUUCAAGGGGAGACACCUGAGUAACCAUGGGGGAUCAGGAGGCUCGUCGCCUGUAAGCGAACGCACGGGGCAGUUGGGGGGAGAGAGGGAGAGGGUAGUAGUCCAGAGAUGUAGGGUAGAGGGAGGAUGUAGGCUCUUGAGACGUAGGGACUGGAGGGGGGACGUUAGGGAGAGCCAGUUUUUUCUUAACAUGCCUCAAGGAUCCUUCGACUCGUGCAUUGACUGGCGAGCCGCAGACUCAGAGGGCGUCUCAUGGAGGCGAGAUCCCCUCAGCAGCGACGUGCGUUCCACAGGCCGUCGCCAUCAUGAGCCUUUGGGGAGUUCAGGCGGAUCGGCUUUGACUAGCUGGAAUUCCUUUGGAGCUCGAGGGGGGGGAGGGGGAGGACCUCCUCCCCUGGCUCGCUCAGGGGACGGCAUGAGCAGCAACCAGGGGGCAGCAUCGAGCAACGGCUUGAGGAGUUCGUUGAGCUACGGGGGAGCGGAGGCCGUUGGGGGGACAGGUUUGGGGUCUAUUAGGGGUGCUCCUUCGCAGAAAAAUACUGGAUGGACUGCAAUUCAGACACCCGCAGCCAUCGCACCAGCAACUGCAGCCAUGCACCAGCAACGCAAGGGUCAUAGCGAGGCGCCCUCCGUUUGUUGCGCAGAGAUUAAGGGCACGACGUUCUCUAGCACCAGUAGGCAUCCUCCAGCAGCCACUGUCGAGAUGGCAGCUGCUGAGGCAAGCAUCUACUGCUCGUCGGGGGGGGGGGCGCCUGGGGUAGUUGUGUCGCGGGGUGGUUCAUCGGGGACGCCUUCUGCUGACUGCAGAGACUUCCGCAGGGGAGGAGACACAGACGGCGGAGACGCAGCUUCCCGCAGCACGCCAGAAGGUGUUUCUUCCUCCAGUGCAGCUGCAGGAGGGGUCCAGCAGGUCAGUCCUCGAAGUCAACAAGAAUCCCCCAUGCCUCCUUCCCCACAAGGCACUUUCAGCCUGCCUGGAGGCAGCGCAGCUGCAGCGGCAGCGGGCGUCUCCCUGGGGUGCGGCCUCACAUGGCGCCCUCGAAGGGCGCUCACGCGAGAAGAGGAGAUCGAACGGAAUGUCAAAUCUCUGUUGAACAAACUCACCAUCGAAAAAUUCAAUGUCAUCUCCGAAAAAGUCGCUCUGACGCUGGAGGAGGCCCUCGCAAGGCCCAGUGAAGUCCAACUCAUCGUGAAUGCCGUUAUUGACAAAGCUGUUACCGAACCGGAUUGGUCAGAAAUGUACGCAGAUCUCUGCCAGGUCCUUCAGUGGCGUAGCGUCUCUCCCGAGGGAGACUCGGAGACUAUCCGCAAGACGCCUUUCAUGCUGGCUCUUCUAAACAGGAUUCAGACCGAGUUCGAAUCGAUGCCAACGGUUCUUACAACGCCUCCUGCUGCCGCAGACUCGGAAGAUGAUCAGCUGGAGCUGUCUCGACUCAAGCGGCGCGUGUUGGGGGUUGUCAAACUUAUUGGGGAACUCUUCCACCGUCGGCUUCUUGGUUUUAAAGUUGUUAAUGACGUCGUAGUACAGCUUGUCAUGCGGAGCGAUGCCCCUGACGAGCAUCUGGUGGAAUGUUUUCUGCAGCUGAUUGCAACUGUUGGGUACUUUAUCGACCAGAACCCCAAAAUGAAGGUCGUCUUGGAUUCUUGGUUCGGCCGUCUUAAGGAGUUGCAAUGCAAGUCGUGUUACUCCAAACGCUUGAAAUGCGUUAUCCAGGAUACGUUUGAUAUGCGACGGGCAGAAUGGCGGAAGAAGGUCCAUAAAGAAAGAGCCAAGGCGCUUAACGAUCUGAGAGAUCAGUUAGAAACAGAGGAAGUUUUAGGAGGAUCUAUCCACGCCGCGCAGUAUGGCAACAUUGUUGUGGUCGGGGAGAGGACUAACCUGAAUGGCCACUACUUAGGAUACCUCAAGGAACAAGAGGCAAUCUACGAGGGCCGAGUAGCGCAGCGCUGCGCGGCUGCGGGUGUCUCCUCCCGCCGUCCUGUUGCUCCUUCAUGA